UUCCUUACUAUUUCCUCUCAUUCUCUGUUUUAUCUAAGUAUUCUACGUAACCUUACUUCCAGACGUAUUUCUCAGUCUCUAUUCAACUAAACUCUGCAAACUAAACUGUCUUUCUAAUUUAUAUCUUGAGGUGAAAGUUAAGUUUUUCUUUUUGCACUAUAGUCCUUCUUGAUUAUUUAUAGAAAAAUUCAAGGGUGUUCUUGAUUCUUUUCCUGUAAUCAAGAACAGCCGAAGGUUUAAUCCAUGGCCGGAGGUGGUGGAGGAAGGUCCUUGGAGCAAACGCCGACAUGGGCCGUCGCUAUAGUUUGUUUUGUUUUAGUCUUGAUUUCUAUAAUCAUUGAAUACAUCAUUCAUCUCAUCGGAAAGUGGUUAAAGAAGAGACACAAGAGAGCUCUUUAUGAAGCCCUUGAAAAAAUUAAAUCAGAGCUUAUGCUAUUAGGGUUUAUAUCAUUGCUCCUAACUAUAGGUCAAGGACCAAUAUCGGCUAUAUGCAUACCAGAAAGUGUUGGAGCGACGUGGCAUCCAUGUAGCAAGAAGCAAGAGCAAGCAAUACUUAAAUCUGAACAAUUUAUAAAUGACGAAAAUCGGAGGAAGCUUCUGAGUAUUUCCGAUUCCGAUUUAAGGUUCCGGCGAUUCUUGGCCGGUGCUGCAACUACUGAUAAAUGUGCUGAUCAGGGUAAAGUCCCAUUUGUGUCAUCGGAUGGAAUUCAUCAACUCCAUAUUUUCAUAUUCGUGUUGGCUGUUUUUCACGUGCUGUACUGUGCUCUCACAAUGGUUUUGGGUAGAGCCAAGAUGAGGAGUUGGAAAUCAUGGGAAAAGGAAACACGAACAGCUGAGUACCAAUUCUCACACGAUCCAGAAAGAUUCAGAUUUGCUAGAGAAACAUCAUUUGGAAGAAGGCAUUUGAUCUUCUGGACCAAGACACCCGCCCUUAUGUGGAUCGUUUGUUUCUUUAGGCAAUUUGUGAGAUCGGUUCCUAAGGUUGAUUAUUUAACAUUGAGACAUGGUUUUAUCAUGGCACAUUUGGCACCUCAAAGCCACAUGAAAUUCGAUUUCCAAAAAUAUAUUAAUAGGUCAUUAGAAGAGGAUUUCAAGGUUGUUGUAGGAAUAAGCCCACCGAUCUGGUUCUUUGCUGUUCUUUUCUUACUCUUCAAUACUCAUGGCUGGUAUUCUUAUCUAUGGCUUCCCUUCAUUCCGCUAAUUAUAAUUUUGUUGGUGGGAACAAUGCUACAAGUGAUCAUAACAAAAAUGGCGCUUCGAAUACAAGAAAGAGGAGAGGUUGUGAAGGGAGUACCAGUAGUUCAGCCCGGUGACGACCUCUUUUGGUUCAACCGUCCUCGUCUUAUUCUUUAUCUUAUCAAUUUCGUUCUUUUUCAGAAUGCUUUUCAGCUUGCAUUCUUUGCUUGGAGUUGGAAAGAAUUUGGGCUCAAAUCAUGUUUCCAUGAACAUUUGGAGGAUAUAAUCAUCAGAAUUUCAAUGGGGGUCCUUAUCCAAAUAUUGUGCAGCUAUGUCACCCUUCCUCUCUAUGCCCUUGUCACCCAGAUGGGUUCAUCAAUGAGACCAACAAUAUUCAAUGAAAGAGUAGCAACAGCUCUAAGAAAUUGGCACCAAACUGCCAAGAAACACAUUAAACAUAAUAAAGGGUCUGUAACCCCCAUAUCGAGUAGACCCGCCACACCAACACAUCCUAUGUCUCCGGUGCACCUACUCCGCCACUAUCGGAGCGAAAUGGACUCACCUAGACGAUCAAAUUUUGGUUGGGAAACCGAUUCUCCUUCUCACCCUAAUCUUGAAAAUGGUUCCUCGUCUCAUAACCCUAAUCAUGAAAAUGGUUCAUCGUCUCAAACUCCUAAGCAUGGUAACGGUUCGUCCCCAUUUCAUCAUCAGUAUCAACAACAAAUCGAGUUAGGUUAUGUGGAAUAUGAUAAGGAUGAGAACGAGCCGGGUUCAAGUCAAGUGGUGCCGGUCUCUGAACCGGUACGAACCCAACAAGAAAUUAACAUGGUGGCACCAAAGGAAUUCUCAUUCGAUAGAAGAUUAGAUGUAUAACUCAAAGGUCGUAAAGCUACAUAUUUUCUCAGGUUGAAGCUGCUUCAAGGAAAUUUUUUUAUAUGAAUUGAGUUCGGCAUGUAGGAUUAUGAUAUCAAAAUAUUAUUUGCAUCAAAUUAGAUAGACUGAUUGCGGAACUAAGCCGAACGCUAUGUAAAUAGUUCUACAUAUAACUUGAUGUGGAUGGAAACCCGAGUACAUGGACAAUUGUCAAACAUAGAGUUCUUUUAUUUAUUUUUUUCUCUUGGAAAAUGUUGUAGGAAAAGUUCUAGAAGUGUAGAAAAAGUUUGUAUUAUUUUUGUUAUAUGUUUUUGAGCAAUUUAUUGGUGUAAAAAGAAAA